AUGAGAGAGGUCAAACGUGCUCCCACCGCUCCAUCGGAUGGGAGAGUUAAGAAUAUCGCUCGUUCGCGGCCCACGUGUUAUUCACAUGGUUCAGAUAGAGCACACGUCACGUGGUGCUGUGUGUCAAUCUUGCACUGGCGAUGGCAGCACUGGCAAAGCCCGGCCCUCCCUCCGGGGAGCGCGCACCACCAUUUUCCUCUGGCGCCGUUGUUUGGUCCUGAUCCACUGUCACUGCCAUUUGCGUCCAGCUCCUUGCCUCAUUGUCUGAGGACUUCUUGUCUUCCUGCGAAAAAUAGUAUGUCACCAGUUGUCGCACAACCUUUGGCAGUGAGCAGGGUAGGGAAAAACCAAAAAAAAACCCUCAUGGUGUGUGCGGACCAGAAGAUCUCGAGACUAAGGUUAAGUCCGGGUUUUGGUAGGGUACGUGGCAUGUGGCUAUGGAGUAGCCUGGUGGUAUUGGGCCGCUCUCGCCUGACAAAUAUGGCGGGCUUUGCUGUUGCAGAAACAAAAUGGCACCAUACUAUACCACAUUACGCACGAGGGCAGCAAAUUCGAGGGUGUAAGUAA